GUAUGUUAAAAGUAUGUUAAUAGCAUUUAUUUAUUUAUUUCACUAAUUAUCUUUUUGUCUCAUAUUUUCAAGUACCAGCUUUGUCGUCCACUUUGCAGUCUUUAUCAAAUAUCUGCUUAUAUAUGUGUGCUUUAUAUUAUCCAUGAAUUUUUAUACCGUUUUCAAUCCUGCACACCGUUACUUCGGUCUUACAGUUUUUCUUUCGGUGGAACAUUAUCGUCAUCAAGUUCACAUAUUUUUAAAUCGAUAAGCGAUUUAAAUAUUUAGAUGCUUACUCAAUCAUCUAAAAUCUAGCAUUUAAUACAAUAAAUAUUCUAGGAUCUAAAUAUUGAAAUUGUUUAUAUUGAUUCAAAGAUAUGUGAAUUUGAUGACGAUAAUGUUCCACCAAAAAAAAACUGUUAUAAGUAACGGCGAAAGUAACGCUGCGCAGAAUGGAUUGGAAACGUACACAGUAUCAGACGUGAUAGUAGCAGCAUAGAAAUUGUGAAUUACGAAAACAUGAGUUUUCAGAGCAGAUCGCCAGAACGAUAUCGACAUCACAAUCGAUCCCGAACUCCAUGGCACAGAGAUAGAGACAGAGAUCGAGAUAGAGAUAGAAAAUUCCGAUCUAAAAGCAGAUCAAGACGAAGAAGAACUGAUAUAAAUAGAAAAAGCAAUUUUAAGAUGGAUGUUGAAAGAAUCCAGAAAGAAUUGGAAGAAAUAAAUCCAGCGGAUCUUAUGACCUCAAAUGAGGUUUUUGAUUCCUUACGGGAAUUUGAUUCAACCGUUGAAGUAAUUGGCUACGUCGACGGUAUUGAAUCGCCUCGUAUUGUGGGGACUAACAAGCAGUAUAAAUUUUUUAAAUUCUAUCUAAAUAAUGGCAACGGGAGAAAAAUCCAAGUUGUCGCUUGGAACGAAGUGAUAGAUGAUAUUAUUCAUCACAUUUUGCCAAAUUUUAUUAUUCAUUUGGAUGGUGUUCAAGCGCGAUUGCCAAAAAUGACAAAUUUCAAUAACGGAAAUGUUCGGUUCGAGUUAUUAAUUCGUAAUAAUACUCGUAUUUCAAAUUUGGGAAGUUAUCAGAUGAAUUUAAUGGAGACUACUCCAAUAUCUGUAAAUUUAAGUGACAUUUUAAAUGUAUCUGGAUGUAUUGUAAUGGAAGCUUACAUAAAAACGAAUUUUGAUGAAAUACAUCAUAACAAAUUGAACAAACUUAUUGGUAUUGGAUCAGUGACAGAUGGCACCUAUAAGUUAGAAGUCCAUAUUAUUUCUUUUAGUUAUGAUGAUUAUUUUGCACUUGGGAUAAGUAAAGGAGAUAAAGUUCAAGUUACAGGCGUAAUGGAAUUAGCUAAUCCACCAUAUCUUCUUAUUAAUGAUGUAAAAGGUAUUAAAAAAUUGAAUGGACAUAUGCCUAUAAAUGCAUUAUUAAAAGGUGUGUGUAUACCUACGAAGAGAAAGAUAGAGGAAGGACAUUCAUCGAAAGAGAGUCAAAAUAAAAAGCCUUCUGUUUAAAAUAAAAAGAAAUAAGA